CCUAUGGGCAUGUAUAGUAAUAACUCACAAUCACUUUUAUGGCGCCGUUGGUGUGCACUGCAGCGUCUAGUAACUGAAAUUUCACAGACAGACUGGGGUUGGCGCGAGUCAGUGCCCAGCGCGCCGUGACAGCGAAACGUGGGGCCGCGCCUCACUUCCUGUGUUCAGGUCCCACUGACCUGUAUGUAAGUCCGUUUCUCGAGAGAGAGAGAGAGAGAGCGAGAGAGAGGGGGAGAGAGAGAGGGAGAGGGCAGGUUUUUGAAACAGAGGCAAAGACGGUCAUGAGGCAGGAGAGGCACAGGAAAAGAGAAAGAGAGCAGGCGUUCUGUAUGUAAGGGGAGAGAAAGCAGUGGGCACACAUCAUAUAAAGGAUAAUACUUCAUACCGAACAUUCGUUCCGUCAUUGUUAAAUCAGCCUGAAUUGGUCCCGAAGCGCAGUCACUGGAUCGGUCCACAUCCAUGGGUUAACAGGAGUUGGCAGAGGAGGAGCCCGUCAGAUGAAGGACAGGAGGGAGGAAAUGGAGAUCUCCUCGUACUACGCGCAGCUCUUGCAUGAGCUGGACGAGCAGCGGCAGCACGGUGUGCUGUGUGAUGCCUGCGUGGUGGUGGAGGGGAAGGUCUUCAGGGCGCACAAGAACGUGCUGCUGGCCAGCAGCCGCUACUUCAAAACGCUGUACUGCCAGGCCCGGAAGGUUCCGGGGGCCGGCCCCGGGGACGCCCAGGCCACCGCUGCCACCACCGUCACGCACCUGGACAUUGUUACGGCGGCGGGCUUCCGCGUCAUCCUGGACUUCAUCUAUUCGGCGCGGCUGGCCCUCACCAGCAGGAACGUGAUCGAGGUGAUGUCGGCCGCCAGCUACCUGCAGAUGACCGACAUCGUUCAGGCCUGCCACGCCUUCAUCAAGGCAGCUCUGGACAUCAGCCCCCGCCCCGAGGUCGCAGAGGAUGUGGGCGUGGCUCCGGGGGUGGUGGGCGGGGCCUCGGAGGCUCUGGCUUCCCUGGUCUGCUCCGUCCGCAGCUCCUCCCCCUGGCUGGCGCGACGGAGCAGCCCCGCCAACUCCUCCGGCGACUCGGCGAUCGCCAGCGGCCACGAGGGCUCCGGGGGCCCCUACGGGCGGGAGGACCCGGACCCCAAGAGCCUGGAGAGCCAGGAGGAUGCCUGGCCUGCCCACUUCAUCCCCACCCCUGUGAAAGAGGACUCUGCCUCGUCCCCUGUGCUGAAGUCCCCGGGCAGGCGCGGCGCCAGCGCAGGAUGGCAGAGCAUCUCCGCAACCGGCCGGCGCAAGAACCGCAAGAACAAAAGCACAGUGCGCCACAUCACGCCACAGCCAGCCGACGACGGUGAGCCAGGCUCUCCGCUGGCCUCCACCCUCCCUAUGGGCUACAGCAGCCACGACAAUUCAGGUUUGGCUGGGGCUGGGGCGGAGGAGGACCACGGCGGCUCAGACAGCUGCGGCGAGCGGCAGGACUUCCCAGAAAGUCGCAGGGGCAGGUUCUCGCCCUCGGGGGACCCCGCCAUCGGCUUCCCCCCGCCCCCGGCCCCGCCCCCGGACCCUGAGGGGGAGGAGCCCACGGAGGAGGCGCUGAUGGGCAGAGGUGGCCUGAUGUCCCUCCGGGCUGAGCUGCUCGGGGACGACACCCCCCUUCUCUACGACUACCUGCCCAAAGGGGUGGAGCACGCACUGUCCCUGAGAGACUUCACGGUGAUCAGGAAGAAGUUCCGCUGCCCGUACUGCAGCUUCUCGGCCAUGCACCAGUGCAUCCUGAAGAGGCACAUGCGCUCGCACACCGGGGAGAGGCCCUACCCCUGCGACGUCUGCGGCAAGAAGUUCACCCGCCGCGAGCACAUGAAGCGCCACACGCAGGUGCACAGUAAGGAUAAGAAGUACGUGUGUCAGGUGUGUGGGCGUGUCUUCAUGUCAGCAGCCAGCGUGGGGAUCAGACACGGCUCCCGCCGGCACGGCGUGUGCACUGACUGUUCUGGGCGGGGCCCAGGCGCGGCCAGGGGCGUGGCCGCCCAGCUAGCCCACAAUGGGGACUCACAGGAGGAGGAGGAGCUGUACGGUGGUGAUCACGGCAACGAGGAACAUGGCGACGGGGACGAGGAGUUUCUGGGAGAAGGAGAGGGGGAGGAAGGCGGUAGAUGGAGGGAUGACUCAGGAGAGAAGGAGGAAAGCGACUCAGCACAGGAGGGAGAGAUGCAGGGGGGAGGGAGCGGGGACUUCCCCUGGAUUUCAUAGCCACUGCCCCAUUUUUCCCACCAGGCCCACGAAAGUCUGCAUGUGAAAACAUGCCUCAGAUGAGCAGGUACAAACCAGCAGACAUACCUCCAUCUGCACUGUAACACGCGUGUGCGACACUCUGGGAGUCUGGGGAGUAAGCGCAUCUUUGUUUCUUUAUGGUGUCUUUGCUUUGAUGCAGGAUUUGAAGGGAGGGGGGGGUCUGGCACUGCACAGGUGUUUCUCUCUGCCUGUCUGUCUCUCUGAGUGCCAGAGAUUCACACCAGACCUGGGUCAGAUACAUAACUCAAUCACUCACUCUUUAGAGGCAGGUAGAGUUCAGAAACACUGCAGAUCCGUGAAGAUUUCACAUGAAAUGUGCUACUAACUGAAGCACACAAUCAUAUCAAAAUGUUUUGGUUCUGAAUACUUGUGUUUCUUUUUAAAUGAUCAGUAAUGGGCAGUGAUGCUAGUGGAGUCUGAAGUUUAGAAUCAUUAAGCAUGUGUAACCUAUGUAAGAUGCAUUUAGCGUGUCUCCUUGUGUGGAGGUGAACCCAUAGGCCCCGGUUCGAGGUUUGGGUAAUUUCACAAUUCCAUCAACUCAUAUGAAAUGGAAGAUGUGAUCGGCCAGCGUUAGUACCCCGGUGGCGUUAUUCCUGCGGAUUGGGUGGGGGGGGGGGGGGGUGCAGAGGGUCCAGGAGGAACCGGAACAUUCAGCACACGUCACUGCCAGAGACUUGCACUUUAAAUCUCUCCUGACUUCUACACUGUCCCAGUUUACACGGCUCACGCUUCUGCAGUAACGGCCCACCAGUCCUGCCUUUUGGGACAUCUAUCCUCCAGACUGUUACUGUAUGUACACCCAUCUUUGCAAAAAAUUUGACAGUCUUGGAUCAACUGUUAUCUUCCACACUUUAUACCUCUCUGUUCUCACAUGCAUUUAUAGCUGAAAUGUUUAUCAAACUAUAAAAUAUAAAUCUAAUGAACACAGAAAUUGAUGCGUGAUUGAGAAAAACGGAAAGAGAAAGAGUUGUAACUGUGGUGCUGUUGGACUUCGUAUCCCAGAAUUCCCCAUGUGCCCGUAUUUGCCAGGAAAGAAUCUCAACAUGUUUCACAUUUGGAAUGUUUAUAACCUCUCUUUUCCAGAGGGAACUAUCCAGGCUAAGGGCCUUCUCACCUUCACGAGGGCAGUGGUUCCCAAACUCAGUCCUGGGGUAUCAUUGUGCAUUGCUCAUUAUUGUUCCAACCACACUUGUAAUUCCGUUUUCUCUUAAUUUUUCUUAAUUAGACAUAAUUAAAUUAAACAUAAAAUUAAUUUUUAUGUUUAGAGGGAUUACUUACCACAUUAUGUUAGAAAUAGCUAUGCAUGCCAUGAAGAAUAAAAGUCCCAUUUUCACAUGUUUAUUGUGCUAUAUUACAAACAAUUACAUAAUAAGAGGCAACACAUUUUUUAACUGAUCAAAUUAAAGACAGAUGAAUCAAUAGGCUCCCAAUUAGGUUGAGGAAGACUUGAGUUUAAGUUCUUUCAUAA